GGCCGCAGUAGUAGACUGUUCGGUCUCCUGAUCAGUCGCCGUGCACUGUGCGGGUUCGAGUCCCAUCCCAGGAGAAAUUUUUCUCUUGGCUAUGGAUGUUGUGAUUGUCCGUAGGUGGUAGAUGGUCUCUGACUGUCGAACGCGGAGGUACCACCCGGCGGUUCUCGUAGGCGGAGCCAGAAUGUGUGCAUGUUGCAUGCACACGUGUUCCCUCGCCAGAGUCCGUGUGGCGUCCCCCCUUUCCCAUGUAUCCCCCAUAGCCCCACGGUAAC